ACAACAAGAUGGGUUCUCUAAAGGAACUUGUAGCAUUCAUAACCAUAGUUAUGUGUACAAGUGUAACAAUGACCGUCGCUGAAAACGCCAUGGCUCCGACAAGUAUUGGAAACCCGAAUACAACAGUGGUGAUAUCUAACGGAGGUUCAGUUCCGAUGGUGUUCCAUUGUCAAUCAUAUAAAGUUGAUCUCGGAGUCCACACCAUGUUACCAGGUGGAUCGUGGUCAUUCGAAUUCAAACCCAGUGAUUCUGGAAAUACUAUAUACGCUUGCCUUUUUUCCUGGAGACUCGAGUUCCAUUAUUUUCGUAUCUACAAGCAAAGUAGAGACCAAGAACCUGCUGGGCCGUUUGCUUGCAAAAGAUGUGAAUGGAAGGUAAGCCCAGAAGGACCUUGUCAACUUAUGAAAAAGACUGGAACGUUUAGUCACUGUCCUCCUUGGGAUUCUCAAUCGUUUGGAAACAAUUAAUCCUUUGCUAUAUCUUAACCUCUGUAUUAAACAAUAAAUUAAAUGCCUUUGAUUUGGUGUAUCUAAGUUAUUAUUAUUUGAAAAAAAUAAAAAUAAAGAGUUACUUUUUAUUU